UCAGUUAUUAAGUUCUGAUAGUCUGCAAGAACCUGAUGGUGUGACUAAGAUAUCUGAUGAAUAAUUUUAACGAUUACGUGUAAAACAGUUAGUGAAAUUUGUGAACGUUCUGUUGUUACAGAUGAUGAAAUUAUUAAGUUAAUGGUGGCAAUAUUGUUAGCUCAUUGAUUCAAGCGGCUAUCUAAUACUGUUCAAUUAAGCUUCUAGGAAUGAUUUCUUGCAUUUCAAGACUUAAGGCUUUUUUUCUCGCAACAUACUUUAUUCGCAGUGUUUCAUGCUGAAAAAAGAUUAAAUGUAUAAAAGACUUCAUACAUUAUACUACAUUUGAGUGACUUCAAACUCGUGUUUCCAAACCAAGCAAAACAGUGACUUAUACUAACUUCAAGAAAAAUUCAUUUACUAAUUUAACAAGCCAAAAUGAAAGAAACGGGUUUCGUCGAAAAUAGUGAAAAAGGUUCAUUUAACAAUGUAGUUCCUUCAGUCAUCGAAAAUAAUAUGGCGCAGAAGAAACCAUAUUUGUACUUUACGCCGUUAUGUAAUGAUUCUGGUCGCAAAUUGUUACCGAAAGAAAUGCAAAAUGAUUUUGAGCCUAUCUUUAGAAUCGCAUCUUUUUUCGGUAUAACAUUUUGUUCUUCAAAUGGAAGCAAAGAUGAAACUGCAGUAAAGAAUUAUGGUUUUAAAAAAUACUAUGACAUCCUGUUUAAUAUUAUAGCAGUCCUUUCAUUUGCCAUAUCAGUUAGCUUCGUUCAUAACUUUUCUGUUAAGAAAGCGAUGACUAUAACUUACUUGUUAAAGUACAUUGCAGGUUUAUUUAUACGCUUUAAUAUGAUACUGGGAAGCUACAAAAUACCUAAAGUGAUUGACAUCCUUUCGCAACUAUAUGGAGAAGUGGCGGUAUCUGUUUACAGAAGUUUGAAAUCUAAAAUUUAUUUACAGUGCUUGUUUUUCACCUUGUUGAACGGUAUUUUGUUUAGUGUAGUGGUACUAAGCGUAUUUUGUGAUGGCAAAGUUCAAAAUCGACAGUACCUCUCUUUUUUUGGCUACAAUCUCACCACUAUAGGCGGUAUCAGUGUUGUUCAUAUAGUCAUUGCGUCUUACCUCACCAACAACAUCAUAAGCAUAUUCACAGUUUCAAUGUGCGUUCUUUCGUGUUGUAACGUUCAUGUGAUUCUGCGCAGAGUCAUUAAAAGCUAUGGUGAGGCAUUAAUAGAAAGCCUGCAGAACAACGCAACCAAAGAAUCUUUUACAGAUAAUUUCAUUAUAUUCCGAAGAAUAAUAUAUGGAGUCCAUGCGGCAGAUAAUGCUUUGUCUUUCAUAACUCUCUUCACUUACGUGGCUACUAUCAGCUGUUUUUUCCAUACUCUGAGUUCUGUGCUUACGUCAACCGAUUUUUUCGGCCGGCCAAUCUUUGCAGCUGAAAUUAUCAUUGUGUUUGCUUUCGCAUUUGCCAUCUUCUUCAGUCUCACCUACAAUGCCGCCGAAGUCACGACAGCGGGAGAUAAAUUAAAGCAACGAGUGUUCUGUAUGUCGGAGAUCAUUCUGAAGAAGAAUUUAGCUACUGAUGCAGUUCUAAGUUUCAUGAUCUUAACAGACAACAUAAAAUGUUCUAGUACCAGCCUGACUGGAUGGGGCAUGUUUCCUAUCACCAGAGGAUUUGUUCUGACGAUAGCUGGCGUUAUGAUCACUUACGGUGUCCUGCUUUUUCAGUUUGAUUAACAAUACUAAUGAUUAACUAGACAGUGAAUUAUUAGCAAAAUUCCGAUAUAGGAGGAACAGAAAUCAGGUUUUAAGAUUGCUUCAGCUUCUUAAAGAAUCAGGCUUGCCUUAUUAAAAUAAAUCAACAAAUAGUAGAAAAAGAACACAUGUUUAUUGGAGGUGCUAAAGCAACAAGCGUAAUAUUCAUAAUUUCUUGCUAUCUUAGCACCUCCAGCAAUGGAAAUGUUAUUUUAACUCAAAGAAAGCGGGAACCCGGGGUUAUCCAGUUAUGAAAAAAAAAGUGAAAGCAUAAAAUUUGUAAAGUCUUAAGGAAUUUCAUGGGCAAUAAUCUUGAGAAUGGAAUUCAAGACCCUCCAGUUUCUUAUUGGAUGUGCUGCUCACAACACCGCAAAUGCAGGUCGAGAAAUGCUUUUAAUUUUUUAGAAAAUAAGACCUUUAAAAUCGUGUUUCCCUCUUGGUAGUCUGUAGCUGUAUUUGUAGCUGUAUUUGGCGAAAUUAUGGUCUGAAAAAUGUCAUCGCAAGUCGGGACAUCUAGCCGAUAACAUGUCUAAUUUAUUAUUUCACAAACUUCAUUGCUGAAUUUAACCCGCUUUAGGUUUUGUAAAUGCUUUUAGACACUCGCAUUAACAGUGGACAUCUUCUGGCAGAUAUUUUAGGACACUACUUCACAAAACUUACAAAUCAAACUGCCAAAUACUAUAUAUACUAUAUAUGAUUCAUCGUGUGUCUUCUUAAACAAGCGCUGCAUACAUUUGGAGUACGUUGAAUUGAAAGUGAGGUAAAAUGGGAUAAAAUUAGAAAUUCAGUUGUUGGUGCAACUUUAAAAACUCUAUAGAGGUUCUGAUAUAAUAUAGUAUGUGGAAGUGCAGGCAGCAAACUGAGAAACCGAUACAAAAUCACAGUAAUAUGUUUGAGAAAUGGAGUGUAAUAAGUUUCACUCAUAUUUUGAUGGCUAUUUCGGCUCAAAUACUUUUAACAGGAACAUCAGUUCUCUUGGACACAUUUUAAGAUUUUCAGUUACUUAUAAUUAAUUACAAUUAAUUCUUUUCUGCAAUUGUUUACUUACUUUUUUGUG